AGAAAUGGGUGUGGUGAAGACUCAAUCUCCGCAAAAACAUCAGCAGAAUAAUAAUAAUAAGGUUGGUAAUAAAAACAAAAGGAAGCGCGACAAUAAACCAAAACAGGAGAAUAAAAAUCAGCAGAAUGGAGGACAAUUUAAUAAAAAGGUGAAUGGUGAUGCUUUACCGAAGCCGAAAGUUUCUGAUUUGGAUAAACUAGUCAAUGCUAAACCUGCUAAGAAGGAUAAGAAAAAUAAAGGGCUAGAAAGUAGUCAUAAUAAACCAGAAAAUAAGCCGGAGGAAUCAAAUAAGAAGGAUAAGAAAAAUAAAGGGCUAGAAAGUAAUCAGAAUAAACCAGAAACUAAGACGGAGUUCAAUAAAAAUAAGUCGGAAUCAAAUUCAAAUAAACAGGACUCUAACAAUAAGCAGGAAGUCAAUAAAAGUAGUCCUGUCCAACAGCAGGGUAAAAAGAAAAAGACCAGAUCACGCAAUAAGAAGAACAAAGAACAAAAACCACAGACUACUGUUACAUCUGAUACAUCCCUAAACGAUUCAACAAAAUCCGUCGACGACCCCAUCAAGAACAAACGCCAGAAAAAACGCGAGAAGACAAAGAAAAAACUCCAAGUCUUCAAAGAAAAAGUAGCACAAGCCAAAGAAGGCAUCAUCAAACCCGACGAACUAAACCUGGAGUCCAUCCAAAAAAAAAUAGCAGACAUCGGAGAACCUAACACCAAUUCAGGAAAGAGACGUCUGCGCAAGUUGAAAAAACUGGAAAAAUUGGCUUUAGGCAAAACCGAUGAAGUCGCUAAAAAAGAUGACAAGCAAACCACUAAAACUGUAUCCAAAUCCGUUAAACGCAAGGAACGACGUGAUGGUAAAAUCGCGAAGGAAAUCGCUGACCAGAAAUUACAGAAUGAAAUUUGGGAAGAGGAUACCAAGAAGUGUGAGCAACGGCUUCAGCAGACUAAAUCUAAGCCGAAGGCGAAGGAACCUGAAAAAGUCAAGGGUAAAGGUAGUAAAAGACCUAUAGAAGACGUUGACGUUGAUGAUGAUGAUGAGGAUGCUGAAUCUGAUUACGAAGUCGAACGUAUGAUAAAAGCUGAUAAGGUUACCAAAAAACUUAAGGCCGAUGUACCUAUGGAUUCUGAAGACGAGGAUGAGGAAAGUGAUGAGAUGGAAGUCGAGGAAGAUGAUGAUGACGAUGAUGAUGAUGAUGCUGAAGCUGAAGCUGAAGAUUCACUAGUUGAUAAUGAAGCCGAAGAAUCUGAUGAUGACGAUGAAGAAGCAACAGAAGUCGAUGAUGAAUCUGAAGAAGUUGAUGAUGAAUCUGACGAGGACGAGGAAGACGAGGCUGACACCCAUGACGAAACUCUUGAUGAUUCCCAAAUGACUAUUGAAGACUCCGAUGACGAUGACGACGACGUUAAACCAGUUCCUGCAGAUACAAAGAAACAAUCAAAACAAGUCGAUAAUAAAACACAAAAGAAAUUCCUAAAUAUUUUAAACAAAACUGAAGAUAAAAAAGAUGGCGCAAAUAAAAAUAAGAACCCGAAAGAGCAACCACAGAAAAAGGAACUCGAUCCGGAGAAAUUGAAACAACUAGUUGGAAAGAAUGCUCGAUAUGUUGUUUUUGUAGGUAAUUUACCGUAUACUAUCGAUAAGGAUACUUUGAAAACACAUUUUGAUAAAGCAGGACAGAUUAGAGAUGUCCGUAUAGUUAAAGAAAAGGGUUCUAAUAGGCCGAAAGGAUUUGCAUAUGUCGAGCUUACAGAUCCAGAAAGUUAUCAGAGAGCUUUAUCCCUCCAUCAUUCGAUGGUAGGUGGUCGUCGAAUAAACGUCCUCUACACCCAACCUGGUCACAAAAAGAGUGCAGAGGCCAAAAAAAUUGUCAAACAAAAAAAUUUCAAACUGGGCGCAAUGAGGAAACAAGGAAUGCUUGCAGGAAGCGUAAAACAAACACAGAGCAGGAACGCUCGAAGGAACAAAGCCAAAGGAAAAGAUGGUGCUAAGAAGCACCGGGAUGAAUAGAUUUAGUAUUAUUAAUAAAUGAAAUUUUUAUGCUAUUGUUAUAUUAUUAUUGUCGACUGUUGGGUUGUAUUGACUGAUGUGAUGUCUAAGUCUGAGAGAAAACGUUUGC